GGCGUAGUACAAGGACACACAGAGAGAAAGAGCUCCAUCCCCUCCUUUGGAGACGAUCAAAAUAGUCGGCUGCUUUUCGACCUGACCACUGUGUACCCUCAUCCACACCCUUUCACCAUCCGGCUCGCUGCGUUCGCCACCUCGCACCUCACCGCGUCACCUCUCCUCACUGCUUAUAAAUCGGGGGAAUCCAAAAAAAAUAUCAUCCUCGACCAGUCCGACCUCGACACUCGUUGCCAACCCAUCCUGACCAUCCUAUCCAAAUCCUCAUCGAACGAAGCCCCUCCGCCAGCGACACAUCCCCAAUUCCUGUGCAUAUACCACUGCGCACGUACCAUCCCCUACCCUUUUCGGUCACCUCCGACCCAUUUUAGGACCCUAGCUUCGAUCACUUAAUAUGACAGCGGUGGCAGCGGCUCCAGCGGGUCUCCCGAGAGGACCGACACCGAAUCCUCCUCGACCGUCCUCCUCGUCGUCACGCAAUUCGAAUCGCGAAACGAGAGAAAAAUCAUCCAUACCAAAACCAGAGCCGCCCCCACACGAGGAGGAAGCGGACCAUCCGCAAAGACCUCCCAUUCGCCCUCAAGUAUCCAAAUUCGACCUCGAAGUCAACCCGUUCGAACAAUCCUUCGCGGGUCGAUCCUCUCACAGUUCCGCCACUUCAAGUCACACCACACCGCCACGAGGUACCGAUGCCACCAGUAUCAAACACAAUGCUCUUCCUCCCCUUUCAGCCUUGACCAGUCCAGCUGCUGCGAAUGCCACGCAGUUUCCAUGGCUGGCGAAUCAGUCCCUGCGGACUGGACCUCUGAGUCCAGCCAUGUUGACGGGACCUCAGAACGCCAACGGGUCGACUCAAGCCAAUGGCACAGGUAGCAAGCCAGAGGGUGGACAAACAGAGGGCGGCGCGUUUGAUGGGUCAACAUUUAGGACAGGUUUCACACCGGGCACGGGAAGUGGAUUCACACCUGGAUACUCGUCACUUGUCGGCAACAACUUUGCCAGUUCCCUCCCCAUGCCCAGUCCGAACACUGCCGCUUUCCUCAAUAUGGUGACAAAUGAGACGCCGACGGGAGAAGGUGGCGAGGGCGGCGGGGCGAAUGGGGAGCGUUCCAACGCUUCUCAACCCAAUGGACAGCCCUCUGGUGGUCCGCCAAAUGCCAUCCCACCGCAUAUGCAACAACAACACGGCCUGUCUCAUCUUCAAUCGGAGAUGCCACAGGAAACAAUCACUCCGAACACCCUUUCCGCCCUGACUGGCGUCUUCAACGACAUGUCCCGGCAGCAGCAGCAACAACAACAACAGCAGCAGCAAGGUGGUCCACCUCAGUCCAACGGACACAUGUUUUACCCACCGAUGCAGCAUCCCGUGCCUCAUGUGGAUUACGCUCAACAAUCCGCCAAUGCCGCUAGUCAAGCUGCCAAUGGACUCUUCCUUCUUUCUCAAGCACAUCAAGAGUUGUCAAAGAGGGAAGAAGAGGGUCGGUCUUCAUCACCCGACGCACCUCAACCUCGGACCGCCAAAGCCAAUGGACAAGCAGGGACGAAGCGGAAAUCAGAGCCUGCGGCGGCGCCUGUGAAACCUCCGAAAAAGGGACGAAAGGCUAGUCAAGCGCCUCCAAAGAUUGAAAGUACGAGUCCAAUGAGCAUGGGUGAUCUAGACGAGGAUCAAGAGGCGAGAGAGGCGAGGUUGGGAAGACCAGAGACGGAGGAGGAGAAGAGGAAGAACUUUUUGGAGAGAAACAGGCAAGCCGCGCUCAAAUGCCGACAACGCAAAAAGGCCUGGCUGCAGGAACUCCAAACCAAGGUCGAGCAACUGACCAUGGAGAACGAACGACUUCAACAGACCAUCGGAGGCCUACACGAUGAAGUCGGACGCUUGAGUUCGGUCUUGAUGCAGCACAGGGACUGUGGGCUGGGCAUACCGACGGGAUACGGACGGCCAAUCAGGUAGCGAGCAGUGCGACAGCGGUGACACUAGACUCAACGCCUGACCCCACUCAUCCCGCCUUCAAAAAAUGUCACAUACACGACAGUUGAUCUCUCUGCACACAAGCACACGCGCAUAUGUAUUCACCAAUGGCAGACUGUCGACCCGUUUCUCCCCUCGGAUGUUUAGGUAUUAUUAACAACUCUCUCUGUCUCUCUCUCUCUCCCGUCUCACUUCUUGUCAUUGGGCGUGGAUAGUAUUGCACUAGUCCACACACGCACGAACGCACACAACCCUCAUGUAGCGAUUGGUAG